CUGCUGACUCAGCCGCGGGGGGGCCCCGCAGGCGUGGCGGCCGCCUCCGGGGCCAUAAAGGGCCGCGGCCGGAGCCCGCCCCGGCCUCUCCUCGGUGUGAGGUGCCGCCGGCAGCAUGACGGCCAUCGGGGCGCAGGCGCAGAGGCUGCUGGCGCAGCGGAGACCGCAGAAAGCCUUCUUCGAGACGCUGAUCAGGAGCCUGAUCAUCCUGUGCGUGGCCAUCGCCGUCGUCCUCUCGUCCAUCUCCGUCUGCGACGGCCGCUGGCUGCUGGCGAGGGGCGAGCUCUUCGGGCUGUGGCACUUCUGCACCGUCAGCAACGGCAGCGUCCUGAAGUGCAGCACCGACCUGGGGCUGGCCAACGUGGAGGGGCUGAGCGUGGGCGUGAUUCCCAUCAGGAGCAUGGUGUCCUUCGCCGUCGUGGUCGCGAUCUUCGGCCUGGAGCUGCUGAUGGUCUCCCAGGUGUGCGAAGACGCCAACUCGAGGCGCAAGUGGUCGAUGGGCUCGGUCCUCAUCCUUGGCUCGUUUCUGCUGUCGGCCGCUGGGGUUCUGAGCUUCUCCAUCCUCAUGAAGGAUCACCUCACCUUCAUGGGCUUCACGCUGACGUACUGGUGCGAGUUCAUCGCGGCCUUUCUCUUCUUCCUCAACGGGAUCAGCGGACUGCACAUCAACAGCAUAACGCACCCCAGGAACAGGGUAGGAAAAAUCUAGGCGCCGAGGGUGUACUCUGCCUUUGUGUAAUCAGCUUUGCCAAUUAGACUGGAAAAAAAAAAGGGGAGUCUAAUGAAGUUUGAAAAGGACACCAUGCCUUAAAUCACGUGCAAGGAGGGAAGCGUGAGGCAGAUAAUUGCAGAAGACUUGCCCAGCGGUCAGCGCGGAGGCUGGGACUGGCUGCUGCUGGCACGCAGCUUCCUGGGGGAAUGGAUGAAGAAGGAGGCUUCCUGCUGAGCCUGUGGAGGAGGAGCAGGCUGCAACCUACACAAGUGGGCUCAGCUUUUGAGGCUUACACCACGGAGCCUGUACUGGUGUGGGUUAGGUGCUGCUGGGCUUUCCCCUGGGCUCUGGAGCCUGUGAAGAGUGUGACGCACCUCCAGGGCAUCUCACGGCUUUGUUCUGUCUCAGGGAUGGAUGACUUGUGCCUGGCCAUGCUUACUGAAAACCUUCUCUGGGCCUCGCUCUCCUCCUUUUCCCUUUCAAAGGAGAAGGCAUGCAGGCAAACUGAUCACCUGUGUUGUGUCCUACAGCUGCAAUCCCUGUCCCAGCCUCUUUAGGUCUGUCUCUAGCUCUGCUGAGCAGAGGGACAGGGCACUGUGGUUGUCCCAGGGCCCGAGGGCAGGCUCUGGGCGGUGCAGGAGUACAGGGAAGGCUGCACUUCGGGCAGCAGCACGUCCCUGGGCUUGCAGCCUCUCCCCUGCUGCUUGUCAGUGCCCGUAGAGCACCAUGGUCAAUGCCAAGUGCCCCUUGCCCAUGCUGGCCCCCUCACAGCCUUUGCAUAGUUUUCUGUGAUGGGGUUUCCCUCCUCCUGGUUUGUUUUCCAUCUGUCUGGUGAUGGAAGAAGAGGGACAAGCUUUAGUUGGGCAUUGUGGCUACGCAGAUCAUGCUUACUCCUGCAUCUCGGCACACCUGGGGUGUUUGGUCAUAAAGGCUUCCCUUCGAGGCAGUGGGAAAUGCACUCAUCCUCUAGCUGAGAGUUUUCUCUAAUAUUUCUCCUAAGCAGAGAAAACUCUAGGUCCUCCUGGUCACACCAAGUCCUUUUCUUCCCUUGAUUAACACUGGAUCUAGGAGGAGAAGCCUGUGAUCACUUAAGGAGCAGCUGAUGGGGGCAGCUGUGAUCUCUCACAGCUGGAGGAACUCCAAGAGAGACUUGACUGAAAUAUUAAGGCUGGCCACCCCUUGCCAUUGCUUUGUUAAGAUCUCUAAAAUUGUUGCAGCUUUGAAGUUCCUCAUGGUGUCUGAUGUAAAAGGAGAGAAGACCAAGAGGUUGUUUGUCCGAAAUGUGUCCUCCCUGUGCAAUGUACAACACUGACGGUGAGAUAAAUGUGUUCUGAGUAUUUCAGGGUCUUUAGUUCAAAGUGUUUUGUUUUGUAUCUGCUGUUAAGAGUGCUUGUAUUUUGUUCUAGUACAGGUGUUGCUACAUGUUUCAUUCCUGUAGUUUGUUUGGUAGCUGUACAGCAAGAUUUUCAUUUCCUGUGCAGCGCGUUUAACACAAGUUUUCACCCAAGACAAAAGCAUCACAGCAUGAAGGCAAGCCACGAGUAAACAGAUUCAUGUUUAAAAUGCUGGUUGUAAGGCAAGAAUUGUAAGAGCAUACAUCUGCACUUACUGAACGCACUCGGGGGGGACUUCCUUCAUGAGGACAGUCCCUGUGCCUUCUUGGGUGGCCAUAAUCUUUUAAGAUAAUGUUCUGGGGUAAGUGGUGCAGCCACUCACAGAGAGAGACUGCAAGGUGCAGUCCCAGAUGGCCGCACCCUGGCGUUACCAGGUGGUUGGGUGCCCAAAGUGACCACCGAUCAGCCCUGGUGUGCAGGGAUGCCCGUGCUGGGCAGCACAAUUUCUCCUUUUUCUAGGAACCUGGGGGUAUCUUCACAGAGUGCCUUCCUGCUGGCAUCCAAACAGAACUGAACUGCGUGCAGGAUGCUGCCUGCAGCCCCUGCUCCCUUGGGAGGAGGGUGGGCAGAGGCAGCGUGUCCCCAGCCGGUGCCUCUGACUCCACUCAGAGGCAGAUGACAAUUGGCCUUUGAGUUCACGCAGGGCUCAGUGCAGUUGAGGGUGAUUUCAAGAUGCCCUCUGCUAACUAGAGAAGAGGUCUUUUGUUGGGGGUAGGGAAUCCUCUAAGAGAAAUACAGUAACUUUUUUUAUUUUUUCAACUAGCUUUCUGUAGUACUGCUUGACUUCCUGGUGCUGGGUGAAAAUGCAUUUUGGUGGCUAAAUGCUACGAAACAGGGUUGAUUGUCUCAGAGAUGUCCUCGUAUACAGCAUCCUGUGCUGCAUUUGGUAACCGUUCAUUUUCUGAAGCCUUUGGAAAUGUCAAGCAAGCAAUAUUCCUGAAUUUUGUUAAAUAAACUUCUUUGAAAAAAAAAAAAA